AUGGACACAAAAAUAAUAAAAAUUAAACAACACCAAGAAAAAUCAGAAAAAUUAGAAAAACUUUUUCACCAAAAAAGAAAAUUAACAAAAUAUUCUUCAAUUAAUUCUUUAAAUUUAAAAUUGUUUUUAAUGUGCUUUUUUGUUUGUUUUGACAAUAAUAACUGUUUUUUGUUUAAAAAAGCAGAAGCAAUGCCUCUUUUACAUUUAUUAAGAAUGUAUAGAAGCAGCAAUAAUAAUAAUCAAAAUGUAAAUCCAAAUGGAUUGCUAUUUACAAAUACAAAUUACUUUUACCAUCCAAAUCAAAAUAAUCAACGACUUAAUUAUUUUGGCAAUACUCUUUUAAGAAUGAAAAGUAAUAAUGUAAAAUAUGACGAAAUGAAGAAAAGAAGUAAUAAUAAUAUUUUUAAUAACCAAGCAUUGGACGAUGACAAUGAUGCUAUUGUGGCUGGACUUCUUCGUCAAGAAAGGAAUGAAAUGAAUGCAGGAGCACCAAAGAUGUAUGCCCAAAAUAUUGGGGAACUUGGAAGUACGAUGUUUCGAUUUGGAUAAUUUAAAAUAUGAAUUUCCUUCAACAAAAGAAUAUUUAGAAAGUCAAACACAAAUGGAAAAAUUGUCAAUGAACA